CUUGCGCUGAAGCAUUUUUUACGGCCUCACGCGUCACGACACGACGGUGAAGCUCCGAUAACGUCGCACACGCGCCCGUACCUGCAGCCCUGCGCCAAAACCUUGAAAGGGCAGCCCUCGACGCCAAUGAAGGCAACCCCAUGACAGACACCGACGCGGACGGGAGCCCGCGCCGGCGCAAGGCAGCCGUCGAGCCGCCCGCGACGACUCCUGCUCCGACUCUGCGGCCGGCAUCGAUGCUCUGCGCCGCGCCGCGCGUCGUCCUGGCCGUCGCGUCGAUGUGGAUUAUUUGGUUGCUACUCGUAAUUCUUGGCGGAGCGGCCUACGCCUAUACAAUCUACGCCGACGCGCGCUUCCCUUUGCAAUUGGCGGCGGCGGCGCUCGUCAUCCAACUCUUGGUCUUGAUUUACCUCCAGCCCGAUGUCAUAACAGACAUAGCUGAGUUAUACGAACCUAGAAUUGUGUGGCGCGCCCAUACGAAACAAAGAAUAGCCGCCCUGACGAUUGACGACGUGCCCGUCGGUGCAGCAUCAAAGAUCGAGGAAAUACUAUCAUUACUCAAACAAAACGAUGCCCGCGCGACGCUGUUUAUCAUGUGCGGCGAAUUUUCGAGAGCCUCCGAGCACGUCAAGCAGGUCAUCAAAGAUGCGGUACAAUCAGGAAGGAUCGAACUGGCCAACCACGGCGCCUUCGACGAGCCCGCGGCCGGCCUUUCCGGUCAAGAUUUUAGGGCGAAGCACGACGCCUGCGACGCGCUGAUUCACUCCAUAGCACCUCCACCUCCUCGGAAAUGGUUCCGGCCCGGGUCCGCGCUCGUCAAUCGCGGUAUUUUUGAGUGGUGUCGCUCCCAUUCAUAUACAUGUGUAUUGGGCUCGUGUUUUCCGCACGACAACUUCGGUUGUACCUGUCUGUGCAACGCCGCGUAUUUGCGAAGGCGCGUCCGGCCGGGGGCCAUUGUUAUUUUACAUGACCGCUGGCACACGCCGGCGACGCUGCGAGCCUUCUUCGCGAAGCGCGGGAAGACGGCAACUAUCCGCCUGACGACGCUCUCCGAGCUUUUUGAUACGGUCGACCGGGAGAACGCGAGCGUCGCGCCGGAAUAACUACUGUGUUACUGUU